CCUCAAAUCAAAUACUCUAAUCAGUCCGCGUUUAACGACAUAGUCGGUUAGUUGCACUUCUCCUGUCCACCAAAAUGCGUGCAUUCAUCAUUUUGUGCUUCCUCGCCCUGGCUGUCCAGCAAGGCCGGGGUCUGCAGUGCUAUUCCUGCGCCUCGGCAAACGACGCUCAGAACUGCGCAGAUCCAUUUAACUCCACAAAUAUUCCAGUGUGCACCUUGGAUAGCGGCGUCACCUGCAUGAAGACAAUUGUUACCAUCAACGACGGAGAGGGCAACAUGAGAAAAAUAGUUACCAGACAAUGCAUCCCAUUGAUGCUUGAUGAUCUUUGCAGCACUGUCUCCGAAGAAUAUGGCCAUUCUGCAAAGCUUGAGCACUGCUCCACUUGCAACAGCACCGAUUUCUGCAACAGCGGUCCAAAGUCAGCGGCCGUUUCCGCUGUCGGUCUGGCCAGCGUUGUCAUGCUUGCUUUGAAAAAUCUUCUUUAAAUUUAGCACUAUAGGUCUAAUUUUAGAAAUCUCAAAUACUUCAAAUUCCUGUAGCUGAAGUCAUUGUAUUGAAUGUUAUUUCUGUUUAUUACUCAUUUUAAAUAUUUAAAUGCAUAUUGAGAUUCAUGAACAAUGGCAAAAAAAAUGGCAAGCAGUAUCUGCAUAAAUGCUCGGCACAAAAAAUUUAUUCGUCAGUGUUAAGUGUUGUUAAAACCAAAUUAAUAAAAGAUUUACUUUAAUUUACCUUCUUUAAGAUUUAUAACUCAUUUAAAGCAUGUCGAGCGCAGCUUUCUUUGCACAGCUUGGUAAAUUCAUCAUGAGAUUACAAGCUCAGUUGUGAAAAUGAGUUAUUCAAGGCCUACGCGAAAU